CUAUCGUUAUUUUUGUUAUUUUGUGAUAUUUUUUUUGCUUGGAGCCAUUGCCCAUUGUUACCCUAAAUUAUCCCUGUAAAUCCCCUGCAUCGUCCUUUCAAAAUGGCUGAAGAUUUAACACACGUGAAAGGAAAGGAUCUUAAAGAUUUAAAGGUAGUGGAAUUAAAAAAAGAGCUGCAUGAGAGAGGCUUGAGCAUAACUGGAAACAAAAGUGACCUAAUUGCUCGACUUGAAGAGUAUCUAUUGAAACAAGGAGAUGACCAGGAAGAGAUUGAGGUUGAAGUAGGUGUGUUUGACAGUGAGAUUGAAAAUAUUGGAGGUGAUCUGGAACAAGAAAUAAGUGAAGACACAUUUGAUGAACAAGAUAGUGGAGCAGAAUCUAAGAAUGAGCAGUCAGAUGAAAAGACUGACAUACCAACUGAGAAUAUCCCACCAUCAACUGAUGAUCUAGUCAAAGUAGAAGAAAAUUUGAAUUUUAUCAAAACUGUUGAGAAGCCGAAAACGAUUUCAUUAGACUUGCCAAAAACUGACAAAGAGAGGAAGAUAGACAGACAACAGAGGUUUGGUGUUCCAUUAAAUGAAAAACAAAAGAAACUAGCAAGGGCAGAGAGAUUUGGUGGUGGUGGUGGAAGUAAUGAAAGUCAGAAAAAUGACGUUUUUACAAAAGAUUCACCAGAUAUAGAAAAGUUAUCAAAGCGAGCUGAACGAUUUGGAGCUGUUUCUCCCAUUGUGACCAAGACUGUUGAAGAAGAUAAAAUAAAGAAGAGAAAAGAAAGAUUUGGUGUUUCAACAUCGGGCUUGUCUUCUGAUGUCGAGGCAAGGAAAAAGAUGCGGGCAGAUAGGUUCAAACAAGCUUAAUUCGAAAUCAACUGGGUAAAGCUACAUGCAACUACUGUCCGCACCCUGUAUUUAUUCUAUGUGCAAGAGUACAAAGUUUCAUCCGCAUUAUUUUAUAUUAAUUUAACGCAAACACUUCGAACUAUUUCAGUGGUCAAUAUGCGUUUCAUAAGUUAUAUCACUUACUGUAAUGACUGCAUCUAUAGCAAAAUAUAGUUUCAGGAUACAGUAACCAGCCUGUCAAUUUAGUCUUGCUACAAUUAUUCAUUUUUUGAAAAUUGUUUGCUUUAAAACCUAAUACUA